AAGAUAGAAUGCCUGGAAUAAAGCAAACGCGUCCAAGGAACGCGGCUUAUUAAAUACAGGGCAUAUAAAUACGAUAUCUUUCUUGGUGCAAGCAAUCUAAUCCUUAAAUUACCAUCACCUAUCUUAAAACAGAGGCAGGGGUUUGCCCUGUGUUCACCGUUCCCAGAUAUACGUUUUUUCUAAAAUCUCUCACUCCUCCAACAGUGUUCAAUUUGUAAUUUCCAAGUUGAAUAAAGAUGGGAGGUGGAAAAUACAACAAUGAUGAAUCCAGUGACAAAGGGAUCUUUUCGCAUCUAGCUGGAUUUGCUGCUGGGCACUACCCACCUGGACAUUAUCCUCCACAAGGAUAUCCACCUCAGGGAUAUCCUCCACAAUCCUAUCCACCAGCUGGAUAUCCACCUCAGGCAUAUCCUCCUCCAGGCGGCCAUCCACCAGCUGGAUAUCCUCCCCCUGGUGGAUAUCCACCAGCACCCUAUCCACCACCUGGUGGAUACCCCCCGGCAGCUUAUCCUGGUCCAUCAGCUCCCUAUCAUCCAGCAGGGCCAGGACAUAGUAUAGGAUCAAUUCUAGCUGGAGGCGCUGCUGCUGCAGCUGCUGCUUAUGGUGCUAACCAUUUGGCACAUGGCGUUCAUCAUCAUAUGCCACAUAUGGGUGCCUAUGGCUAUGGCCAUGGUGGAAAGUUCAAGCAUGGGAAAUUUAAGCACGGAAAAUUUGGCAAGCGUUGGAAGCAUGGUGGCAAGUUCGGGAGGUUCAAGAAAUGGAAGUAAUAUUGUGGAUAUAGGCACCACCAGUGCUGGUUGAUUACAGGACCAAACACUCGUUACUGGCUUUGUAAUAAAAUUAUUCUUUAAGGCUCCUUUCUAACCAUCUGUUGACACUUCUUAUUUGUGGAACAAAUACCUUGUUUAUGUGAUUUGGUUUGCUUAUGCUUGCUUGACAGAUAUGAAUAUAUAUUUUUCAUCUUA